AUGGAUACUUCACCUCUUGCUGCCUUUUGUUUUUCUGGUGAUUCUAAUCCUUGUCGGUCUAGUACAUCAAAUCAUAGUAAGAUUGAUAAGUUCAUUUCAGUAAUUUCUGAGAAAAAAUAUAAUGGUAAAAAUGAUAUCUCUAGUACUAUUAAUUUUAAAAAAAGUACUGAAAAUGAUGAUAAUGGUGUAUCUUUUGAUACAAGAACGUUUAAAAUGAGCCCCACUGCAUCACUUGCUGCAGAGUUUUCUGGUAAUUUUUAUAUCGAUAAAAGUCCUGUUCUUCCGACUCCUAGACGUUCUCUUCUACUUAAAUUUGCAUGUGAGCAUCAGUCUACUCCUGUAUUAGAUCCUUCAAAAGGCCUUAAUAUUCCUAAGUUUGAUUCUUUAUCAAUGGAUAAUAUUAAUACAACUACCCCAUGUUCAUCAUCGCCUGUAGAAGCUAUGGACUACUCUCCAUUGCCUCAUAAUCAAGAAGCUUCAAUUUUUAAUGCAAGACAAUGCGAAACUUUUAUUGAUAGGGAUUUACGCUUUUAUGAUAACAAUGAAGCAAGAGAAUAUUGUAAUACGGUUUCUGAAAUAGCGCUAAAUGAAAUAACUAAUCGUGUUGUUUCGAAUAAGACAGAUAGUUCGGUUAUGGUUGAUGAAUAUUCGAAAAUAUGCCCGUCUUCUCUAGAUACGAAUUAUAACAGGGAGAAUUCGGAUAAUCAAAUAAAAAAUGAUGAUGAAUUUUGCGAUAUAACUUUAAAUGAUCUUUUUGCUAAUUCUCCAAAUCCUUUGCGACUCUCAUUGGAUAAUACUAUACAGUCUAGUUUUCAGACUUUUGCAAAGCCUUUAUUUUCUCGUUAUUCAAUUGCUUUGGAAACUUCCCCUCUUAGUUUUAUAAAUCAUGAUAAUGCGGAUUAUCGAGCAGUAAAGUGGAGAAGGACACAGAGCUUGUAUCAGAAUUCAUCUGACUUUUUUUCUGCAAAACAUGAUGGACAAGACAAUAAUAAUAUAUCUUUACAGGCAUCACCAUUGGAAUUAAAUUCUAAUGAUUGUCGGAUUUUGCCUUGUUUUAGUAUUAAAGACGAUCGUUUGAAAAGAAUCGAUAUUGAUAUAUUUGUUAAAUUGUUAGAUGGACAUUAUCAUGAUCAAUGUGAUGAAUAUAUAAUUGUUGAUUGUCGAUUUGAAUAUGAAUAUAAUGGUGGUCAUAUUAUAGGUGCUGUUAAUAUUAAUACAAAAGAUGCUUUAGAUGCGCUUCUCUUGGAUAAUCCUAAGACCAAAAGGUGUUUGAUAGUGUUUCAUUGUGAAUAUAGUUCACAUCGUGCUCCAAGAUUGGCUUUAUAUCUAAGAAAUAAGGAUAGACAGCUUAAUAUGCAAAGAUAUCCUCUUUUAUAUUAUCCAGAAAUUUAUAUUUUGCAUGGUGGUUAUAGAAGUUUCUAUGAAAAGUAUAAGGAAAGAUGCGAGCCUCAGAAUUACGUUGAAAUGAGUGAUUCUUUACAUAAAUCUGCAUGUGCAAGGGAAAUGAAUAAUUUUCGUAAAAAUACUAAGUUUCUAAGAACUCAAACAUAUACGUAUGGUCAAGCAGAUGCAACUUAUACUGAUGCUAUACAAAAAACAUAA